AUGGUAUUAGGUCUACAAGUAGCAAUUGAAAAGAAGAUCAAAGUGUUGGAUUUGUUUAGAGAUUCAACUCUAGUCAUCUAUCAAUUGCGAGAAGAAUGGCAAAUGAGAGAUUCUAAGUUGAUACGAUACCAUAAAUACAUCUUUGAGUUGUUGGAUGUGAAAGAUGUACCAGCACAUUGCUUAGGCAUUGAAGAAGAAGUUAAUGAGAAACCAUGGUAUCAUGACAUUAUGCAAUACAUUAAAAGCCAUCAAUACCCAGAACAUACAACAAAAAAUGAUAAAAGGACUAUCAGAAGAUUGGCUACGAGUUUUUUCCUAGAUAAAGAUAUCCUCUAUAAAAAGGGUCGAGAUUAA